GAGGACAUGUUGACUUUGCCAUUUGACAAGCCACCCUCCAACCACACCAGCAGUCCCUUCAAGACCAGCUGGGCAACCAACCAAUUAGUGAAAUCAGUUAAGCCCGAGCCUGGCAGAGCCCUGGAGGAGUCUGAGAGACAGGAUGAAGAGCGGGAUGGCCAGGAGGAGGAUGAGGAGGAGGAGGUACAGGAACAAUCGGGCGGUCUGAGAACAAGGGGUUCUUACAAAAAGAAGCCGAACCAUGCCAGGCUGGACCGGGUUCGACUGCGGCGCAUCGAGGCCAAUGCGCGGGAAAGGAACCGCAUGCACGGUCUGAACAACGCGCUGGACAGCCUGAGGAAAGUGGUUCCCUGCUACUCCAAGACGCAGAAGUUGUCCAAAAUAGAGACUCUCCGCUUGGCCAAGAACUACAUCUGGACCCUCAGUGAGAUUCUGAGAACCGGAAAAAGGCCGGACUUACUCACGUUCGUCCAGACUCUGUGCAAAGGUCUCUCCCAGCCCACCACGAACCUGGUGGCCAGCUGUCUACAGCUCAACGCCCGCAGCUUCAUGUCGGAACCGGGCGGGGAGUCGUUCUCCCUCUAUCCUGCCUAUCACCACCACCACGGACCCGAGGUAGUGGGCUCCAGCACGGCGGACAGCGGCAGGCCCCUACGGCCCUUCGGUUCCUUCUCCGGCCCCUACGAGGCUUUGUAUGACAGCCCAUCUCCAGACUGCUCCAGUCCCCUGGAUUCAGGGGCUCUCAGCCCACCUCUCAACUUCAACGGGAUUUUCUCCCUGAAACACGAGGAGCCGGUGGACUACCGGAGCUGCCACUAUGGCCUCCGCUACUGCUCCAUCAGCCAGGGCUCCUCCGCAGACCUGGGCCCGUAUGACAUCCACCUCCGGGGACAGUUUUACCCGGUGCAGGACAAAUUGAACAAGUCUUUCCACAAUUAACAAACCAUAUACAGAAACGUCGAUUCAAUAGAAGCCCGAUCAGCCAUCUGAGGAAAACAUAUUUAGAAUGUAAACGGGUAAUCUUAAUUGAAUGUUAAUUGUCUGGGGACGACAGGCGUUUUGUCAAAGAAUGCUGUUGCCUUAGAAGGACAAUGUGGUAACGUUAUGGUACACGCAUGCACACACACACACGCAUGCACACACACAUUUUGUGAUUUUGCUUUGGUUAGUCGUUUAGUUAAAGCUGGUAUUUUUACUAUAACGGACACUGCAAUAAAAGAAAACAAAGGCAAAGGGAACUAUGCAAUACAGACCAGACAGCGUCACAUCGGAAUUAAAAGACCGCGUUUAUAUCUGCAUUAUUAUUAUUAUUAUUAUUGUUAUUAUUAUUACUUUGUUAUAUUAUAACUUUCUAUUGUAUGUUUGUACAUAAUUUGUACACAUAUGCCUGACUCUAUGUAAGUCAUUAGGCUCAUAUUGCUUUAGAUAUUGGUGGUAAUAAUGUUCAUACUCGGGCCUUGAAAUGCCCGGGAGAUUAAAUAGGCCUAAGGCAAAGUAAGUAUUCCCUCUGCAGCUACUUGAAAUAAACGGGAACUUAUUCUGCAGUCAGAUUAAAUGUACAAACAUGUUUUGUGUUCGGGGCGACAGAAGAAUUUGUUGUUUAAAUGUGAUAUCGUCUUG